AUGAUGAUUCACGGUACCGCACCGGAGGAGGAGGAGGAGGAGGAGGAGGAGGAGGGAGUUGUGGUGGCAGGAUGGCAGAGGCUCAGGAGGGAGACCACCAACAAGAAGGCUUCUCAUGCGGGAGAAGAAGACGAAGAAGAAGGAGAAGAAAAAGAAGAGGAGGAGGAGGAGGAGGAGGAGGAGGAGGAGGAGGAGGAUGAGGAUGAGGAGGAAGAUGCAGGAAGCGACGAAGGAGGAAAGGAAACAAACUGCUCCCUGCCUCACUCGUCGUUCUUAAAACUAGAAACAGACAGGCGCAGGUAUUCCAGAGGUCAAGAAAGACGAGGACCUCCUGGAAAGGUAUCCUGUCGAAUGACAGAAGAAGAAGAAGAAGAAGAAGAAGAAGAAGAAGAAGAAGAAACGACGCCACGGGUCAUUGAGGACACUAGACUCAAUAGCGAUGCAGGAGGAGGAGGAGGAGGAGGAGGAGGAGGAUGA